AUAAAUUAGCAAACAAUACUUUAUCAUUUCAAUUGCUUUCCAGUCAAAAGCAGUCAAAAUUUCGUUUAAAAUAGUCACACGUUUCAUAAAAUAAUGCAACGAAAUUGCCUCUCAUUGCGCCCCCUCCUCCGGGGAGUCGGUGAACUGGGACCAUUAUGUCCACCCACUUGUCUAUUUCGCAACUCUGCAGCUUUGAAGUAUGCCACUGCAGCUCCAAAGACAGCUCCUGGCAAAGUACCUGAGAAAAUGCUCAAGUUACGAAAGCAAUUUCAAGCGGACAACGAUUUGCCUAUUUUUCUCAAGGGCGGCGGAAUGGAUAAUAUUUUGUACAGAUCGACCUGGGUACUUUGCAUACUCGGAUUAGCUGGCGAUAUCUGGUUGUGGCUUGGCUAUAUUAUCGCCUAAAAUAAUAAAGGAUCGCGCAGAUAAUCCCGAAUAAAAAACCGAACACUCAAAUUAAUAUGUAUUAGGAAACAAUGUUUUACAUUCUGUACAUUCUUUUGGUUAAUUACUAGUAUCGUUUCUGUACAUAACUAGUUUCAAUACGGCAAAUUAAACACACUUACAUUUGAA